AUGGGGGUGUUCACCGCGGUGCUGACUGUUCUGGUGCUGACUGUUCUGGUGCUGUACGCCGUGCAGUUCGAGAGCUUCAUCUUCUUUUUACACAACACCGCCGCCGCGUAUUUCUCUCCGUGCAACGAUGCCAGACCACUCGCGCUUCUGUGCGUCCAGCUCGCCAUCGUUGCCACCGCCGCGGCGUCGCCGGCGAGGGAAAAGGAGGAGGAGCGGUCCUGCUGCAUCGUGCAUGUCGCUCGCGCGCACGCGCCGCCGCUGCCGUGCCGUGGCCUGCUCAAUACCCGGGCGUACGCCUCAUUCCUGCGUGACCGCAUGCCGGCGGACAUGUCCCUUCCGGCGCCGCGGGUGCUCUAUUCCUACUCCCACGCCGCCACGGGCUUCGCGGCUCGCCUCACGGGUCGCCAGGCCGCGCACCUCGCGGCCCAGCGCUCCGUGCUCGCCGUCGUGCCCGAUGUGAUGCAGCAGCUACACACCACGCUGACGCCAUCCUUCCUCGGCCUGUCGGCAUCGUCGGGCUUGCUACCAGCGUCCAACGGCGCCACGGACGUCGUCAUCGGCGUCCUCGACACCGGCGUGUACCCCAUCGACCGCGCGGAGUUCGCGGCGGGCCCGUUGCUGCCGCCGCCGCCCGGCAAGUUCCGCGGUGCCUGCGUCUCGGCUCCGUCGUUCAACGCCUCCGCCUACUGCAAUGGCAAGCUCGUCGGCGCCAAGGUCUUCUACGUGGGGUAUGAGGUUCAACUUGGAGGCCCGAUCAACGAGACGGAGGAGUCCAAGUCGCCGCUCGACACCCUCGGCCAUGGCACCCACACCGCCUCCACCGCCGCCGGCUCUGCCGUCCCGGACGCGGCUUUCUACGGCUACGGCAGAGGGAACGCCGUCGGCAUGGCCCCGGGCGCGCGCGUAGCCUCCUACAAAGUGUGCUGGAAAUGCGGAUGCGCAACCUCCGACAUCCUCGCGGCGUUCGACGAGGCCAUCGCCGACGGGGUCGACGUCAUCUCCGCUUCAUUCGGCUCCUCCGGCUACGCGGAGCCGUUUUAUGUGGACUCCACCGCCGUGGGCGCCUUCAGCGCCGUCCGCAAGGGCAUCAUCGUCUCUGCCGUAGCGGGGAACUCCGGCCCAGCUGAGUCCACCGGCAACAAUAUCGCGCCCUGGUUCUUGACCGUCGGCGCGUUCACCAUCAACCGCCAUUUCCCGGCGGACGUCGUCCUCGGCAACGGCGAUACCUUUUCUGGCGCUUCGCUCUACGCUGGCCCGCCGCUUGGCGCUACCGAGACACCGCUCGUGCAUGGCCGGACCGUCGGCUCGAAAACCUGCGAAGCUGGGAAGCUGAACGCCAGCUUGGUCGCCGGGAAAAUCAUCGUUUUGUGCGACCCUGCCGUCUUGAAUGUUGCGCAAGGAGAGUCUGUCAAACUCGCCGGCGGCGUCGGAGCAAUCCUCACGAGCACGAAAGAAUUCGGCGAGCUGGUCGUCGGCAGCCCCCACACCUUCCCUACAACAACCGUCACGUUCGCCGCUGCGAAAAGGAUUAAAACGUACAUGAACAAGACUACGUCCCCGGUCGCGACGAUCGUGUUCCGCGGCACGGUCAUCGGCCCGACGCCUCCUUCCCCUAGAAUGGCAUCCUUCUCGAGCCGCGGGCCGAACCUCCACGCGCCGGAGAUCCUCAAGCCGGACGUCACGGCACCCGGCGUGGAGAUCCUCGCCGCUUGGACCGGCGCCGCCUCGCCCUCGGGCCUCGACAGCGACACGAGACGAGUGCACUACAAUGUUCUAUCGGACACAUCCAUGGCGUGCCCACAUGUGAGCGGCAUGAUGACCACCAUGAUGACCACCGCGAUCAAGUCCGCCAUGAUGACCACCGCGUACAACGUGGACAAUGCCGGCCACGUCAUCGGAGACAUGGCCACCGGCAAGGCGUCCACGCCGUUCACGCGCGGGGCAGGCCACGUGGACCCCAACCGCGCCCUUGACCCAGGCCUCGUGUACGACGCCGGCACGGACGACUACGUCACCUUCCUGUGCGCACUCGGCUACACCGCUGACGAGGUUGCCGUCUUCACGAGAGACGGCUCGUCGACCAAUUGCUCGACGCUCCCGGGUUCAGGCUAUGUUGGAGACCACAACUACCCGGCCUUCGUGGCGGUGUUCACCUCGCGCAACGAGACCAUCACGCAGCACCGCAUGGUGCGCAACAUCGGCAGCAAUGUGGAUGCGACGUACCGAGCCACGGUCACCAGCCCCGCCGGCAUGCGCGUCGACGCGAGGCCGCAGAAGCUGCAGUUCAGCACUACGCACAACACACAGGAGUACCAGGUCACCUUCUCUAUCCGAGCCGCGGGAAGCAUAAAGGAGUACACGUUCGGGUCGAUCGCGUGGAGCGACGGAAAGCACACUGUGACGAGCCCCAUCGCCAUCGCCUGGCGGCCGCCGGUGAACGCUCGAGCGAAGUCGCGGCCAUGUGACGUGGAUUUUGGUUCCGCGCACCUACCUAGAGGAGUUGCGGCACGGCUCGUCCCGAGUUCUGCAGUUAACGUGUACACCUCUCACGUGGACACGAGCAAACCAGAACUCCUCUACUCGUUGCUUCGGCAGGUCCUGCAGGACAAUGCUAUAAAAAUACAAUCAAGGAAGGCUCCAACAAAAGCAUCCAAGUCACGGCUCGAGACGACCAAACGAGAGACGACCUCGAUCAAGGUCCAGCGCCCCGCCUCCUUCGCCGACGACCAGAGCGACGCCCUCGGCCCCCUCCUCCCACGAUGCGCCUGGGUGGACACGAACCCGCUCAUGGACCGGACCGAAAAAGCUCGGAGCGACAAAAAAACUGGCCAUUCCGGUCUGUGGAAAGAGGACCGAAAGUUGCCCGGUCCAGCUCAGUGCGACCGAAGGCACUGCCGCUUCUUCCGCCCAGCCGCCGGCAAUGCCCUGCUGUGGCACAGGAAAGAUCCAUGCUGCCGCGCGACCGGCUGA